AUGGCGGACUUCAAGUUGAAGGUGGAUGAAUCCAACAAGGCAACGGAGUUGCCCCUGCUCCGCAUCUGCGGCACUGUCCAGCAGAAUCCACAUAUGCGAGCGUUCGGGGGAAGCGUCUUUUCCUUCUUCCUCGCCUUCUUGGGUUGGUUCGCUCUUGCCCCAUUGGGUCUGGAGGUGGCCACCAGCAUCAACAUGUGUGAGAACCAGAAGUUCCCUCCCGCCGAGAAUCCAUUGCGGCCGGCCUAUCUGAAGUACAAAAGCCUGAAGACAGGUCUGGAGUACUGCCAGUAUGGGAAGAUCAAGGAUGGUGAUGUCAUGUGGCGAGACCGUCUGCGUGGAUCUGUUUCUGCUUGCUUCAAGUGGGUGAGGGGUGCGUCCGCCACUUACACCCACGUGGUUUGCCUUGGUGAUGAGACGGCUAGUGACUCCUUGUCUGACGCCAUUGACCGCUUGAAACAGUAUUGGGAAAGCGUGUGGAAUCGCCCGCUGCCCAACUUGGAUGAUCAGUUUGCUUCUUGUGCUCGGGUGCUUGGGCCGUCGCGUGAGACUGCUGAGUGGUGUCCCUUGCAAGGAAGCGAGCUGCACAAAGCUGCCCAAAUUCAGGCUGGGACCAAAGCGUAUGGUGGCCGACGUGGAGCUGGUACCUAUGAUGCUGUUGCGUCCCUUUUGGAUGGCAUCCAUAAGGGUGCCUAUCUGGGCACGUUCGAUUACUCGCUUGCUUUUGACUGCGUUCGGCCUCGGCUUGUUGAACGGUUGUGGAAACACUUUGGCAUGCCCGCUGGACCACUGAACAUGGUGAUGAGUGUCUGGUGUGGUCAGCGCCGCUACUUACAGCUGUUUGAUGCUGUUUGUCCCAAUCCGGCUCUGGUCUCCACCAGCAUUCCCCAAGGUGACCCUUGGAGCAUGCUGGCAAUGGUUUGCAUGCUGGUUGCGCCGCUUGUUGACAUUAAAAGCUCGCAUCCUGGCGUGGUUGUCUCUCUUUAUGUCGACGAUAGAAGCUGGGUCACGGACACUGCUGUGGAGUGCCUUCGUGUUGCUCAGCGUUGGCGCGGUUGGAGCGCGCGUCUCGGCUUGAAUGAGAAUGGUGACAAGGACCAGUUUUUUCAGAUUUCUCGUGCUGGUCGGAGGAAGCUGAUUGAAAACGGGGCGGACCCCCUUAAAGUCACUGACUCUCCUAAGAUUCUUGGUGUGAUGCUCAAGCCUGCGUCUGGCCAAAAAUCCAAGGGCGCCGAAGCCCAGAGACUGCAGGCCGCCAGGUGGACGCUCCAGCGUGUGAAGUGCUUGCCGGUCUCGUUUGCGGUGAAGGUGCUUGUUGCUGGCAUGAGUGCCAUGAGCAAGGCCAGUUAUGGAUGGGUCUGCAGGCUUCCUAUCUUGAAAGAAGCCAACAGCGUUGAUUGGGCCAGUAUUGGGCCCUUGCCUGCUCUUGUCGUGCUGCUAGGCAGAGUGACCCCAGCUUGCGUAAGAUCCUGCUUGGGCACAAUUGCUCCUUGGUCUUUCGCUCUGCGUUUGAUCAGGUCAUGGCUCUUCGUCGUUGCGUGUUGA